AUAGAUAUAAUUUCAACGCUUCUGGCAACUAUAGAUUUAUUACUUCUCAAUUCGCCGCAAAUAACCAAAUCGAAAUCCUUUUCAGAUUCCAUUCUUUGUUUACGAAAUAAAUCUGUGGUGUAAUUGCUUAUAAAGUGAUAAUUUGCUAAUUAUUGUUAAAGUUUCUCGUUUCAUUUGCGAAUUAAAAAUUGUAAAAUCUUUGCAAAACAUUUGCUCAAUAAUCAUGUCGAGUAGAAAAGCUUCUCACGCUGGAAGCUGGUAUACCUCAUCAGCGAAUGAAUUAAGGCGUCAAUUGGAUAAUUGGCUAGCAUCUGCCUGCCUGUCCCAUGGACCCGCUCGCGCAAUAAUUGCUCCUCAUGCUGGUUAUACAUACUGCGGAGCAUGUGGUGCCUUCGCUUACCGUCAAGUCAGUCCGGCAGUAGUUAAAAGAAUUUUUAUAUUAGGACCUUCCCAUCAUGUCCGUUUACGUGGUUGCGCCCUUUCGGUGGCUAAGAAAUAUGAAACUCCUCUGUACGAUCUCAAAAUAGAUAUUGAGGUUAAUGCUGAAUUAGAGAAAACUGGUCACUUUUCAUGGAUGGAUAUGAAAACGGACGAGGAUGAACAUAGCAUUGAAAUGCAUCUGCCUUACAUUGCCAAAGUUAUGGAAGAAUUCAAAAAUCAAUUUAGCAUUGUGCCUGUCCUAGUUGGCUCCUUAAAUCCUGAUCAAGAGGCUCUGUAUGGACGUUUAUUUACUAAAUAUUUUCUUGAACCAGAAAAUCUUUUUGUGAUAUCAUCCGAUUUUUGUCAUUGGGGCCAACGUUUCAACUACACCUAUUAUGAUAAAUCCUCAGGUCCUAUAUAUAAAUCCAUUGAGAGUCUUGAUAAACGGGGGAUGGAAAUAAUUGAGACUUUAGAUCCUGCCUCGUUUACUUCGUAUUUGAGAGAAUACAAUAAUACAAUUUGUGGCCGCCAUCCUAUCGGAGUAUUGUUAAAUGCUGUUAAAUGUUUGCAAGAAAAAGGCUGCAACACAAACUUCAAAUUUCUAAAAUACGCGCAAAGUAGUCAAUGUAAACAUAUGGACGAUUCAAGUGUUAGUUAUGCCGCCGGCUCCUUGGUUUUUGAAUGCUAGGUUUCAUUAGUAUAUUUAAUCCGAGAUGCGCAGUUAGAUGACAAAGUCUACAUUAAAUAAUGCUGGGAGCAAGUUAUUCGCUUUAAAUGUAAUUUUCUUCUCUGUCUGUUUUAUCGCUGCUUUAAUUUAUUAUUUACUAAUACGUGCUCUAUAACUAUUCUCAAUUAAUUUUUCUUUUUUUUUUGUAUAUGUCCAUAUUUGUAGAAUUAAUUGAUCUGAUAAAAAAUAGAAUUUUUUGUUGAAACGUGUUAUUUUAACUUUUUUCCUUCGUUUUAAUAAAUCGGUGUGUGUAGGCAAACUUCUACACAAUUAAAAUUUUGUUUGAAAAAAUUUUUUAAUAAUCAGCCACAUAACCCUUACGGCUAAUGAUUUCGUUGGAUUAGAUAUCACCGCCUUCGGUGUUGAAUUUUCGUCACUUCGUGAACGGUCAAAACUUAUUACAAGUAAUCGAAAGAAUUGGGGCUGAAGGCUGGAACUUGCAUAUAUGUAUUUUUCUGACCAAUAGUUACUGUUAAUAUUUAAUUAUAGAGUGCUCCCAGAAAAACAAAGCAAAGUUCACAAAGCAACAAUGAGAGAAUUCAAAAAUAUUGUAAAUAACUUACCAAGCAUGGCAUAUAUCGCUCCAUCAUUUGUUGCAAAUAUUUGGGCCGAAUCUGUAAAGGUUUGGUGGCUGCGACGAUUCAUCCGG